CGGCGAAGGAACCAGUAUCAGCUUUGGCUAACCGCUGUGGCUUGCUUUUCAGCCCAGAUAGCUAAUAAAUAUUACGCCCCUUCGUGGCAGGUGCCGUGGCAAGCUUCUUCGUUGAUCCUCCCAGAAUUAACCUCAUCAAGAUCAGAACCAACUUAAGCCGGAGCGGUAACCGACAGCCAUGGCUAGCAUGUUGGCUACCGCGACCCGGACUCUUUCAAUUCUCUUAUGCCUAGGAAAGGUCUUUGCCCGGUCCGAGUUGGGUGUAAUUUUCGGUCACACCGAAGGCUAUAACCAGCUCAACUCGAAUCAAAGGAGCUGCGGGGUCAGUAGUGUUUACUCGCCGUGCUAUGGGUCGCCGUGUAGGGACAAGAGCUGUUUCUGCGCCAACCCGCAAUUCAUAUCCGACGAAACCGACAAGUGCAUGAUACACUACGACUUCAUGUACGACGGCAUGUAUAGUGUUGACACAUACAAUGGCAUCAUGGCCUUCUUUGGAAAGGAGUGUGGGACAUUCGAGGUCCAGUUUAAGCAAGUUGCGAGUGAGAGCAUCACAUACACCACAGGGUUCACCCAUCCUUUGCCCUCAACCGCAGGCAACGUUGUAACAACCUCAGCCACAGGACGACCAAGUACUAGUCUACUCCGGACUUCCCGAGCUGCCAAAUCCGUCGCCUCCGACCAACGCCGACAGCGGGGAGAACAAUGGGAGAAACGGCGGGAGGUUAAGUCUGGAGGCAAUCAUUGGAAUCGUUGCUGGGUGUGCGACAGUUAUUGCAACAAUCAUUACGGCGUACAUGUGCUAUUACCGGUAAGGACGAACAAAUAAUGGAACGACCAUUAUGAGAGAUUGAUAGAGACGGACUGGUCGUGCGUGGGACAUUUUAGGGGGUAUCCCCUACCAGCAUUCCUUGCGUUGUCAUUUCUUCCGGCAGUGACGCUUAAACGAUCCUGAAGUGUAUCUCAUCAAAUCCGUAUCUCAUG